AUGAAAACUGUAGACAACUUUUAUCUAGCAAAGGAGAUUGGAAGUGGCCAAUAUGGAACCGUAUACCUUUGUGAAAUCUGUAAAGAAGAAAAUAUCAAAUCUGAUACUCUAAAAAGAAUUAGAAAAGGACGUAGAAUCACUUGUAAGAUGAUAAAGCAUAAAGCCAUGAGAAUGGGAACGAGAUUGAAGAAAUACCUCAUUCAGGAGAUUAAAAUCAUGAUGAAUACGAACCAUCCCAACAUUAUAAGAUUCUUAGAAGCCAAGGAGACUAAGAAUAACACCUACAUUUUCAUGGAGUUCUGCAAUGGUAGAGAUCUCAGUACUCUUCUUGAAUUAAAAGGAGGCAAAUUGGGUGAGAAUUUAGUCAGAAAGAUCAUAAAGCAAGUCGCUUCUGGACUACAAUAUCUUAAUGGAAAAGGAAUCAUGCAUAGGGAUCUCAAACUUGAUAACAUCCUCGUUCACUUCCCUGAGUACGGAGGCAAAGGAUCUGUCAGUGACGCCUAUAUUAAGGAAUUCGACCAUGAAAAGGAAGACAUUGAAAUAGUUAUUGGGGAUUUAGGCUUUGCGAAAUCUGUGCAAGGAGAUGAGCUUUCUACUUCUUAUGUUGGUACUGCUCUCUACAUGGCUCCGGAGAUUAUGAAUGGAGAAGAAUAUACUUCUCAGGUAGACAUAUGGUCUCUUGGGAUUAUUAUAUAUCAGCUCCUUGUCGGCUUUGUUCCGUUUACAGGUGGGGAUCAUUCUGAGUUGGCUGAUAAAGUAAAUAAAGGUGAUUAUGGAGUUCCCAAAAAUGUCGAGUUGUCACUUGAUUGUGUUGACCUUUUGAAUAAGUGUCUUCAGUAUCAGCCAAAAAAGAGGAUUUCUCAUGCUGAUCUUAUUGGUCAUCCAUUCUUCCAACAAAGUGAUACUUGUAAGAAGAUAAAACCCUCAGCGGAUAAAGAUCCAGAAAAAAAUUUCUUAUUUGUUGGACCUACAGAUAGUUUAGCAGUAUCAGAUAAGAACUCAAUAAUGUUCAAUGCCAAAGAGGGACUUUACUAUUGUUAAAAAUUACUUAAAAUAUUCAAACUCCUCUACAAAUUUCUAAAAAAUGAACCAAUCUCGUAAUGGAGGAGAAGCUCUCUAAGUAAUAAUCGCUUUGAGAAUCUUAAUUUAUUAUUUCUAAGAACAAACAUCAAUAUUUAAAAAAUGUCAGCAACUUCAAUGGAGAGUUGGAGUAAGUAUUUCCAUGUUUCCAACACCUAAAUAUUCAAACUAUCUCCAAUGAUUUCAAGGCAGGUAGUCAUUCAUUAGAGAGCAUCUAAAUUAUUACCUCAAGUGUAUUCUCACCCUCAGAAUUCUUCUUAAGCUUUCUACUGCAAUAGAAGGCGGGCUUCCAAAGAAAGCGUCUUAUUCAACCAUUAUUAUUCAAAGAUCAUGAUUAAUUUUAAGAAGAAACAAGAGGAAGGAAAGACUGUGAUCCAAAAGCAUAAAAAUCCUCAAGAUGCCUCUCAGAGCACUCUCAGAAAAGCAGGAAAACACGAUUAUAAAGUUGGAGUUCAUGGUGGUUUUGAUGGAGAAAAAUUUACUGAAAAUCACAACUCCAAAAAUACGGUACAAACUUCGAGAGAAGAUAAAGACUUCGAUCAGGUAGAUAUUUAAGAAAGCAAGCCAUCUUAGAAAGAUCAUAUCUGCUUUUACUAAUAAGAAGGGUAGAUCGAGUAAAAUGGGCCUUAAAUAUUUUGAAAAGAAUAAAAAUGAUGCUUCUCAGAAAAUUAAAUCAAGUCCAGGAUAUGAGCACGACUCAGAGAAAAACAUUGAGGAGGUGGACAGGAAGAAUAAACAGGAAGUUUAAUCAUU